AUGUGCAAUCUCCCAGACUCGCUCGAAACGCUGCCUCGCCCUCCGCUGCUCCGGGCUGUCGUCCUCGCUCCGCCGCGUCUUGACGCGCCUGCGUUCGCGGAUGCUCUCCGGCCAACCUCCGAGCCCGAUGCGUCUCGCGAGGUGACCGGGGAGACGCGAGAGACGAAGAAGGCUUCCUGCCGUAACUCGCGCGGGGUACCUGAGGAAGACAGGGCGACGGAGACACCUGAGAGUGGAACCUGGCAUCGGCCCUCUUUGCUGUCAGCCAGGAGGUCUGAGGCAUUCGGCGAUGGCAGAAGAGAAGCCGGCGCAAGUCCCCAGGAAGGCGCCGCGACGGAGGGGCGGACAUGGGGCGCGAAGGAGAGAGGCGUGUGGGGCAGAGAGACAGAGAGAGAGACAGAGAGAGAGACAGAGAGAGAAACAGAGAGAGAGACAGAGAGAGAGACCGGGGCAGGUUCACGGGUGGGAGAGGAGAGAGGCUUGGCGUUGCGCACUUGCCAGCGAAAAGGCAAACGGAAGCCGAAGAAGGAAACCGACCUACGACCGGGAUUGGUUGCGGGCGUGCGAGAAGGAGAGAGAGCAGAGGGGACAGAGGGUGAAUGCGUCGCGGGGGGAGAGAACGAAGACAAGGCCGAACACGAAGAGGAAGACAGGGAAGAACCGGAAGAAGAACGCCUCGUGUCUCGUACAAAAACGAGGACUCGCAGCAGCGGGGCUGCGCGGUCCGCAGGCAAAGUUGCUUGUGCGGGACGCGCGGAGGAUGGGAAUUCGAACACGAGGAAGGCGAAAGACGUCUCAGAGGUCCGGCAGAAAAAGGCCGAAGCUGUGUGGCGAGAGAUUCUCGCCAUCCCCGACGCCGCUCGACGCAGCGAAGCGAUUCGAGCUUUUCCUCCCUUGACAGUCCUAACGCCAAGCAGACAAAAACGCGACAAACUCCUCAGGGAGGCAUCUCCGUCCUCGUCGACGUCUUCAGCCGAUCGUCCUCAGAUGUAUCGGGUUCCCGCGACGACAUUCCGCAAUUUGGCGAUUGCAGCUAGCGAGCAUUUGCAUGCAUCGAAUGAGGCGUUGACGCAUCUUGCUUCCAAGUUUGCAAUUGUUGCUCCUCAGAGCCUGAGACGAGGUGAAGAGUCUGGGAAUCGAGGAGACUCUCGAAGCGCAGAGACUGCAGGCCGAGAAGGCGCGGCUGAGACGCAGGAAGGCCUCCUCUUUGCAUUUGUCAAACGCGGACUUCUCGCCGAGGCGCACGAUUUGAGUGUUCGGCUCGGCACCAGUCUUCUGCAUGCGCGCUGGAUCGACGGGGCAGACGCCGUCCUCACCGACUUCAACUCGGAGCAGCGGGUGGGGACACUCCACCACGAGGAGCCUGGGCCUUGGUCAAGUCGUCGCGAGUCGUACUUCCUUCUUUUCCUCGUCGACGAGGCGGCAGCAGCUCUCGAGCAGCGGCUUGCAGACGCGCGUCGCGACUGCGUGUCCCCCGCUCACUCGACGUUUUCGCUUCAAACUCCAGGCUCCUCGCCAACCGCAGAGACGCUGCCAAAAGGCGACCGGAGUCUCAGCGACGACGAGCAGCUGCGCUUUUGGUUGGACGGGCGGAAAGGAAGAAACCACGAAUCUGCCACGGCAGAGACACGCGAGUGCGGAGGUUGGCGCGAGAGACACGGGGGGGUUUUCAGGGACAAUGAGGAGAGACGUCAGAGGCAACAGGCUCCAGACUGCCUCAGGAAGGCUGCGGAGACAGCUCCGGGGCGGUUGGGGGCGGACAACCCUGAAAAUCGGAGACGCGGCGACGCGUGCGAAACAGAUGGAGACCGCGAGGGAAGAGGCUCGACGAACACGGACGGCGAGCAGCUCUGGCAACGGUUUGUCCACUGGCGAAAGGAUGUGAGCAAGCUACGCCAUCGGGAAGACGGCGGCCGACCGGCAAGGGAGUUGCCGCCUUUGCAGAAGUGGGUCUUUCUCGGGCGGCGCGUGAAAGCGGUGGCCUUUUCAGAGUCUUCGUGCGUGUGCGUCACGCCGUUGCUGCCUUCGCCUGAGCUCUCGAUUGCGCUCUUAGACCCCGGGGCGGGGCACGGGAAAGUAGGCCUGUUCAAGAAGCAUCCUUUCACGCGAGUGACCGCGUCGAGGCAGGCGCAAAAAACAGACACGACCCAGCCGCCGCAGCUUCGGCUCUGUGGUGAAGACACCCCCGGAGAGAGACGAGACGGGGAAGGAGUUGACGCAAAAAGGAGAAACGGAGACUGCGCCCGCGAGGCAGCGGCGCCGUCCUGCGCGGAUGCGGGGCUCGUGCCCGACGCGCACGCCUCGUCAUCGUCACCCGCUCCUGCCUCCCUCGCAAGCCCCAGGUUGUUGGGGGCGGAUACAGCAGCGGGGACUGGGGAAGACGGCGCGGCGGAGAGGCAAGACGUUUGUCCUCUCUCUCUCAGCUCGCGUGUCCGCUGCUGGGUAGUUCCGCUCUCGGCCAUCAUCCCGUCUUUGACAGAACAAACGAUGCGCGUCCUCCUGCGAUUGCCAGAAAUGCUGGAGGCCGAACGCGAGGCCUCGCGGUCGCGAGAGGCCGAGGGAACGGGCGUAGGCUGCAUGCGAAGUACGCCAACCGAGGCAGCGGCUCAGGGCGAGCGAGGCGCGGAACGGCGAGGAGACACCGGGGCGGGCGACCUCGCAGCAGAGAGGCGCGAGGAGGCCUCGAGGCGUUCUAGCCGAGCGAACGCGACGGAGACGGGCGGGGAACCGACAGAAAAGAAGGACACACGAAGGCGGCAGAUACGGGAAGACAGCGACGAGGAGGCGUAUGCUUUGUCUUCUGGACGGGCGCAAGAAGGCGACUCGCAGCGGCAAAGGCUACGCGACAGCGCAGGGAAGAAUGGCACGGCGACAGACAAAACGCGACAGGGGACGUCGACACAGCUCGCGGGAAAGGCGACUCCAGGACGGGGAAUCAAUCAUGCCUUAUUUCUUGCAUGCACGCCGCCGCUUUUUCCGUGUGCUUCCGCGUACCCCCCUGCGCUGGCCUCCGACCUGCCAACCUUGCGGCAGAAAAUGCAGUCUCCAUCUGCGACCGCAGAAACACUCCGAAAGGAUUCAGCCGAACCCUCCGCUUGUCUCUCGGGCGCGUCUCCUCGUCUGCCUUCUGCGCUUCAGGCUUCUCGUCUGCCUUCUGAGCUUCAGCCUUCUCUUCACCCCUCUGCGCUUGAGCCUUCUUCUCUUCGCCCCUCUUUUCUCCUGGGUGAAGACAGGGAAGGGGGAUUUCCAGCGAGCUCCAAGGCGGGCUCCUCUGGCGUCGAGGAAGGAGUGUUUGCAUCCGAGUAUAGGGCGAACGCGAGCUCGUCUCGUUCGUCAGAAACGACGCCCGCAUCUGUUCCCCUGGAGGAGGUUCUGUCUUCUCUCUUUCCCUUUCUCACGUCGAGCCAGAGGAACGUCGUAUGCUGUGUGUUGCGGUCGCCAGCUCCUAUAGUCCUUGUCCAGGGGCCACCUGGUACGGGGAAAACGCUCGUCGCGGCCUGCAUUUUGAGUCUCUGGGCGGCUGGUCUCGACGGCGAGACAGCCUCGCCCAUUUUCGCUGGUGCAGGAACGCAUGCGGCAGUCGAUGCUCUUCGGUCCAAAUUGGGCAACCUAGGAGUACGAUCGCACACCGUCGGCAUGCUGGAGAGGCGGGGCGACUACUCGCCAGCUGUCGGCGGUUACUCGCCGCGCCGCAGUUCAACGGCGAGCGGAACGCAGGGCCAGACUCUCGCCUACCGCCAGCGCGUCCCCGUCUUCGUCGAUACCGUCUACCAGGGCCAGAACCUUCGCAGAAUUGCGCCGCGCCGCAUCCUGAUCGACGAGGCCUCUCAGAUCACCGAAUUUCGGAGUUUGAUCGUCCUCGCGCAGACAAAGUGCACGAAACUCGUCCUCGUUGGAGAUCCGGCGCAGAUUUCCGGCCAAAGUGUUCAAGCCUGUCCCGUCAUGGUUCGAUCCGCCUUCGACAGCUUCCUCACUCAGAGCGCAGUGCCUCACUACUUCCUCCUGGAUACGCAGUUCCGCAUGCCUGGGAGCAUGUGCGAGUUGAUCUCGUCCCUCUUUUACCAAGGACUGUUGAAGAGCCACCAGUCCGUCUUCGCGCGUCCGGCUGACCUCUCCCCGUCGAUCCCGUGGCCGAAAAGAACGCAUCGAACAGGCGCUACACCUCGUCUACCUGCCUCCGUUGGUCCGCCUUCCUCUCCCUCUCCUUCCGCCUCUCCCUCUCCUUCCGCCUCUCCCUCUCCUUCCGCCUCUCCCUCUCCUUCCGCCUCUCCCUCUCCUUCCGCCUCUCCUUCUGCUUCGUCUGCAUGCGGGUCGUCUCCGCGGACCGUUCACGCAGCCCUCGACACGGCGCCUCUCCUAGUGAUUGAUACUGGUCCCUCGCGCCUCGCGCCUUCUGCGUGUGGGGACGGCAGAGACAGGAGCGCCGCAGGUGCUGCUGGCGCCUUGAGUUGGUCGGAGACGCAGUGGGAUCUGCGAGACAUCAUCGAGAGAGACGACGGCGAGAUUUUUGACCUGUUGCGCGAGGACCAGGCGGGGCAUGCGCACCUGAAAAAGCGACAGGGGCUUCUUGGAGACGUGGAUGGGACCGAUCGCAACGCAGCCUCCCUGCGAAACGAAGGCAGUGUGCGGCUGUCCUACUACAACGCUGCGGAGGCUCUCCUGACUGUCCGCUGCGCCUCACUUCUUCUGCGCGACGGCGUGGCUCCAGAGGCGAUCGGCGUGAUCAGCCCCUACGUAGGGCAGCUGGCUCUCCUCGAACGCAUCUUGGGACGGAAGGCGUACAGGCGUGUGAGUCGCCACGAGAAAGCAUUCGAUGGACGGCUUUCUCACCGACCGCUGCCGAACAACAAAAUUCUUCUCUCCACAGUCGACUCCUUCCAGGGCGGCGAGAAGGACUACAUCAUCUUCACUUGCGUCAGGUGCAAUCCUGCGGGCGCAGUGGGUUUCUUGGCUGAUUGGCGGCGGUUGAACGUCGCCUUCUCUCGCGCUCGAAAGGGCCUCAUUGUGAUCGGCCACUCCAUCACACUUCGACAGGAACCCACGUUCGACGCACUGUUUCAGUUCGCCCGGAAACUGCAGGCUGUGGUCCCCGUCGAUCACCCGACCCUCAGAGCCAUCACAGAAGGCAUCUGGCCGCCACCUUCUUGCGUUUGA